AUGGAAACGAAAAAUACCGGUAGAGGAAGAGCUCCUAUUGCAUUUGCUUUAGAAGCACGUAUGGUAGGUGCAAAUGAAUUCUAUUCAGGAAUUGAAAAUCUCGAUAAGGCAUUACAUUUACAAUUUAGACUGCAUUAUCACACAUUAAACAAAGAAGAUGCUCUAAAUCCUUCGAUAGCGAAAGUUCUUCUGAAAGAUUGUGUAAUACUUUAUGACACUUUGAAAAUAUCCAUUAGCCAAAUCGUUGCACCUGAACCAAAUGAAUUCGCUCAAUUGAUCGUUUACAAUCUCCUAGCUAUCCUUUACUAUCAUAAAUCACAAUCGAUAAAUGAAAAUGAAACUGCUAAUGAAAAUAAAAUUAAAGCUCAGAAAUAUCUAUUGAAAUUGAGCAAGACCUUAGAGAAAAGGAAGUUUUCUAGUAUUUAUGAUGAAUUCAUUAAAUUAUUAAAACUGGAAAACUUGUAUUAUCAAGGUAAAUUACUACAUGGAUCCACUGUGAAAGAUAGACAUACAUUUUAUUAUGAAAACAUAUUGAGAAUUUUUAAUAAUAAUAUCCCUACAAAUUCCAUGGGUUUAAUUUUCGAUUAUAUUUUACUUAUUAUUCAAGAUCUCCGAAUAAAUAAAACCAUAGUAGAACCUGUACAAAUAUUAAAGAACUUGAAAUCUGAAUCUCCAAUGGCUUGUUUGAUAGCAAUUUUACAACUGAAUGGGAAACAAUUCGAUCAAUUUUAUUUACAAAUAGCAAACAAAUUUUUACAAAAUUCAAAGUUCCCUACCGCAAAUCAAUCGAAUAACAAAAAUUUGGAACAAUUUCAUCUUUGUUUUCAAAUUUAUUUAACUAAUUUGAUAGCUAACGGCCAAACAAUAGAUAAGCAUUCAAUAGACCAAUGGGAAAAUUUUGUAAUAUCAUCCAUGGGAAACACAUUCCAAAGUAUACCCGUAGCUCAUUCCGCAAUGAUUCUGUUCUCCUUGAUUAAGAAUAAAAAGGAAUCGAUAUUAAACUUUAUGAACGUCGUGAAAUAUACAAAAAAGCAAUCUGAAUUAAAUAAUAAUCAAUUGACCGAUCCAUUAUCUCUUAUUAGCUCCUACUUAUUCAUCCUACAAAACACAACUAAAGUUGAUAAUAUAGAUACCUUAUUUGACUAUAACAAUUGUAUCAAUGAAUUGAACCAAAUGGUAAUAAACUUCUACACAACUUACAAAUUCCCAUACGUUAAUCAUAUAAACAUGACAAAUAUCAAUACCAGCAAGAUAACAAGUGAUUCAAAACUGAAAUUACCACAUAUAAUUAGUACAAAAUUGUCUAAGACGUGGCAAACUUUAUACCAAAUUCAAUCCACUGAUUUAUCAAAAUUGUUAUCUAACGAAUUAUCAUCACACUUAAUAAACGCAAUGAAUUUACAAACUUCUACAACAAACAAAAUGGAUUUGAAAUUCAACUAUGCUUACGUCUUAUCACAACAAAAUAAAAUAGAUCAAUGUAUUCAAUUUCUAGAGAAUGAAAUCCUCGAAUUUUAUCCAUUCCAUUUUAAAGCUUGGCAUCUCUUAGCAUUAUGCUAUUCCACCGAAGAAGAUAAAGAAAAAUCAUACAGAAUUGUAAAUUCAGCAAUAGAUGCCAUGGUAUCUACUCUAGAAGAUCAAGGCCAAGACCAAGACCGAAAGAAGAACAACGCAGAUGCAAAGAAACAAUUCACUUGGCUGGAAAAAUGGCAAUUUAUUCAAUUGAAAAUGACUCAAAUCACCCUAGUGGAGGAAAUUUUCGGUGCGCUUGAUGCAUUAGAUAUGAUUGAAGAAUUAUUCACUUCCUUUAAUGAAUUAUUCAAUGAUAGUACUGUUGAUGAAAUUGAACAGAAAACUGUGAAAUUUACCUUAAGGAAAGAAUACCUUUUACAAAUGAUUUGGAUAUUCGUCUCGAACAUUUAUAUCAAACUGGAUGAUCAUAAGAUGGAUGCCUUGGCCGCUAUCAAAGAGGCAACCAAGAUCAAAACUGAGUUUAAGAAUCUAAACAUUGAUUUAGCGGAAGGAUACUAUUUAUUGAAUCAAAACAAAUGCAAUGAUGCAUUACAGAAGUUUGAAAAUGUAUUAUAUUAUGAUGAAUGUAAUGUGGAUGCUAUGGUUGGGUUUGCGACUAUGGCGUUGCCAGAAUCCAUAUCACCAGAGGAAUGUGACAUACAGGAUUAUUAUAGACUUUAUCCAUCCAUCGAGUACACAAAACCUAUACAAGCUAAUGAUAAUGAUAAUGAUGAUGAUGAUAAGAUCUUUGUUACUGAUGUUGAUAGAUCUGCAGGUAUCGCAAGAUUGAAGCUCUUGUUGGAAUGCGCCACUUUGAAAUCAAUUGAGGCAUAUAAUUCACCGGAAGUUUGGUGGUACUUAUCAUUGGUUUAUGAAAAAUAUAAGGAUAAAGAGUACAAGCAGGCGUUGUUGAACUGCAUUAAAUUGGAAGAGGGUAAACCAAUUCGUUCAUUUAAAUUUUGUAACUAUUAG